AUGAGAGUGCAAGGAAUUGUCUGUGUUGUUGGUGUCUUGUUCGCCACAUUGACAGCCGGCGCAAAGCAAGAAGCUCCUACUUUGCCGACCUGUGCGCUCUCAUGUAUGAAGUCGUCCUUCUCACAAACCUCGUGCAUAUUGACAGAUCAGGCAUGUCUCUGCACCGACACCAAGUACACCACUUACUUGGAGAAAUGCGUUUCUGCAAAUUGUACUAUCCGCCAGUCACUAGGUACGGCGACAAAAAAGGUCACAUCAGCAGCAUGCGGUGCGCCAGUCCGCGACCGAACGAAAAUUGUCUCGUAUGCUGGAGUUGGAGGGGGGAUCGUGGCUCUCAUCGCAUUCAUCCUCAGAAUUGUCGCUCGCUUCAAGUGCUCUACAUCUAUCGGCAUGGAUGAUUUGACAAUGACAGUGACAAUGUGUCUUGUAGUGACUCUCAGUGGGCUCUCGGUUGUCUUGGCGGAAGCAGGCCUGGGAAGGGAUAUGUGGACGAUACCCGCAGACAAUAUUACGUACAUUCUUUAUAUCUACUUCUGGGACGAGCUGAUCUACUUGAGUAUUCUGCCCCUCACGAAGAUCUCGAUACUCUGCUUCUAUCUUCGGAUUUUCCCUGAGCCUCGCUUCCGAUACUUGACUUAUAUCGUCAUUGCUUUGAACGUGGGCUAUUUGAUCGCCUUUAUCCUGGUCUCUGUGUUUCAAUGUCGACCUAUACAAGGUGCCUGGCUCCAUUGGGAUGGAGAGGGACAUUAUCAAUGCAACAACAUCAACGCCCAGGGCUGGACCUCCGCCAUAUUCAACAUGGUACUAGACAUCAUUGUCAUGUUGCUUCCUCUCAAGCAGCUUUACCAUCUGAAGUUGUCUUGGAAGAAAAAGAUCUACGUGAUGUGCAUGUUCGGGCUGGGCAUUUUUGUCACGCUUGUGAGUAUCUUGCGCCUGAACUCGCUCAUUCAUUUUGCAUCCACUCAAAACUUGACCUGGGACUACGUUGCCGUGGGAUACUGGAGUACCAUUGAAUGCGACGUUGGAGUCAUAUGCGCAUGUUUACCCGCAAUCCGAUCUCUACUGCGCCACGCUGCACCGGGCGUAUUUGGCGACACGGAGCGAAACAAGUCGUAUGGAACAAGCUCUCACGGACGUGGUAACUCCCGACUGGACGGCUCAAUCACCGUCAACGCCAAAGGUGAUAAUGGCCAAUUUUAUCCAUUGAACAACUUCGGGAACUCGAGCGAGGCUCGGCUAAACCAGAGCGGCUGA